UGUUGCUUUACAAGAGUAGUGCAGUUCAGUACUAGACAUAGUAAUAGUGCCAGUUGACGAUACCGGUAUAGAAUGAACGUAGUUUUAAUUCUGUCACCGUGUUCUCUAUCGAUUGUUAGCUUCAAACUUCGGCACUAUUAUUGACUCAACAAGUAUAGAUGAUUCUCAAAACACCUGUCUUUGAAUACAUCUGCUCUGUUGGCUUUUCUCUAUGCCCUGCUAGCAUUUGUGUUUCAAUGAAUUGAACCUGUCUGUCUGUGAAUCGUUCGAUAAAAGUUUUGAAGUUCACCUUAUUGUUUAUCUAUUUACUUGGUAGAAUAAAAGUAAUAAUAUAUCUGAUUUGAUUGAUUGUGAGUAUUUUUAGCUUGAUGUGUAGUGAUCGGAGAAAACUCAGGUUGAGAUCAAUUCAAGUUAUUGUGUAGUUGAUAUGAUAUUGAUAUAGUUGAUUGUGAUAGAUAUAUAUGGUGUAGAGAUUCUGGAUGUGCUGGUGAAGAUUUUGAAAAAUGUCUUAUUAGAAAUAGAUGAUAUCGGUACUUGAAUAAGUAUAGUGGUUAUAAAAAUGGAUUAAUAUUGUCCGUUUAAAUUGUUGACAUUUCAUCAGUGAUCAUUCAACGAUGAUUAUAAAUUAGAGUGAAAUACGGAUGAAUAAUAUCAUCAACAUUUGGGAGCUCUUUAUUGUUGGAUAAUAAUGUUUCAAUAAUUUUGGUUUGUCCUGCAGUUCCAUACGAUAAUGUUUUGUUGGAGUUGCAUCAAAGAAUCCUGUUUCACUUGUUUCAAACGGGAAAGGAAAGAUAGCUUUCCUGAACUACCUCUGAACAAUACUGUUUACAAUGUGAGAAGAAUAUCAAGUUUCGGACGAACACUAUCCAAUGAAGAUUUCGAGAAAAAUGGAGAGCUACGCACUGAAAACUGUGACAAUAGUUUUCUAUCUCCAAGUAUGAUACCAUGCGAUAAAGUUACAAUAACCAUCCAACCAGAUUUGAAGGAAGAUGAAUGGGAAGGCGUGAAAAGCAAAAAACGUUGGAAAAAGGCACUAUCGAAAGGUCACAAGAAAAACAAACAAGACUCCAGUACAUCUUCAAAGAAAUCUGGCUCCAACAAAGAUAAGCAUUUAUCAGUUGUUACUGAAGAAGAGGCUGAAAAAUCGUCAGGUGAUUUGAAAAAGUCGUCUUCGUUUGGGGAGAAAACUAAGAACAGGGGCAACUGGAACAAAUCGUUGUUGGCGGAAAAAAAGAAGGACAUUGUUGGCGGGACUUGCAGCACUGACCGGCUUAUGCUGCCUGACAACGGACAAUCAAACCUAUUCUAUUCUAACCCAGAUAUUUCAGUGAGCAAGAGCUCACUCGCAACACUAGCUUUGAAUGGUGAGAAUACGGCAAAUAGUGAAGAGUUCCUCAGUCCCAGCCUUUCCGACGAAACUAUUUGGAUGAAGUCUCAAAGUUGUUUGGACAUAAAGAAUCUCGACUCAAAUGAGGCGGACAGUUCUAAGGAGGGUCGCGAGCUGGCUAAAGCCCAUGGUUUGGAUUUGAAUCUCUACCAGAAUAUUCCACUAUCCAAAUCAAUUGAAGCAGUUAAUAAGGCCCGACAAACCCUACAGGCAUCGGGCAGAGAAGACAUUUUCCAAGAACUUCCUCUGGGAACAAUAUUUUUCGAUGUAGUCUUCGAUGAACAAAAGAAAAAGUUGAGCGUUACAAUUGAAAAAGUUCCAAAGUUGGCUGGGAAAGGUGAAGCCCAGCUGAAGUACCAAUUCAUGGUGAAGUUAACAGUCCUACCAAGUGAGAAAGAGGUCCACUCAACAAAGCAUCAUCACACUAUUGACAGACCAAUCAACGAAACAUUUGUUUUCGAUGUCAAAAAACUCAGUGACAAAGUUCUCAGGUUUUCUGUGUUUGACAUGGAUAGAAGGGGCAAAUACGACGCAGUGGGCCACGCUUUAUUCUACCUAGAAGAUAUUUUGCAGCCAUUUUCUAGGCUCCAUCAAAUGAAAUUGUACAAGCAAUCAGUCCCUGACGUUUAUCCCGGUACCAUGCAGCUCACAAUGUCAUUCAAUAGAGAAAAGAAUAAUGUUACUUUAACAAUAAAACAGAUAGAAAACCUUGAUCUUAAAAAGGGUAAGUGCAAACUGUUCCUGAAAUUCUUCAUAUUUGGAGAGAAGAAGAAAGAAAAAAUGUCAGCGGUAGUCAUUUACGACACAAAAGCAGUUUUCAACUUUUCUACGACAGUGAAAAUUGAUCCGACAGGAAUGAAGCAGAACUACAUUGUGAUUUGUUUGAAAUCAAAAGACGCUAUGAAGCAGAACAAGAGUAUUGGAAGAUUAAUUAUAGGACCCUACUUUUAUGCCGAAGAUGGCAAAACAUUGACCCCUUGGGGAAGGGUAGUGCUGUAUAAUGAAACUAUUUCCAACUCUUUCAGAAUGUAUUUAUGAAAGAGUAAUUGAUUUGCUUUAUUUCAUAAAUAAUCAUAUCAGUAUAAUGAAGGUAUUUCAAUCUCUUUUAGAAUUUAGGCUAUUUAUGAAAAGUAACUGAUUUUUGUAUUUCAUAGUUAUAUUAAUAAACUAGUUUAUAAGUAGUUGAGUCCUCAUUAUUGCUAAUUAAAGCCUGAUGUUCCAUAAAUUUAUAAAUCUUGUAAAACUGGAAACGCUGACAAUAGGAUGUCGAUACAGUAACCAAGUUAAAGACAAUGUUAGGUGAGAAUUUAAUAAAGUAGUGUUUAUGCCGAGUACCAGCAGUUCAUAUAGAAAGGUUAUCUUAAUAGAUAGCUUCUUGAGCUAAGCCUGUUCCAUAAACCAUAUUUCCAUGCUGCAUUUUGACACUACUUAUGCAACCAUGCUUCAAGGGGAAACCGUUCAAGCGACAUCCUCAAUAGAAUAUGUUUACACCACUUUAUUCAGCUCCUGAUUAUUGUUGAGAGCUGUAUAACGGGACUCCCAGACUUUCAUGAAACAGAAACUAUCUUGAUAGCCUCUCACAUUCUGUUGACUGUUUCAAUCCAACCAGAUAAUAAACAACAAUAAAGCCAACUAUUAAUACUAUUAGAACUAUUAUUAAUACUGGGAAUUGAGAACAACAGAGAGAAGAUGUAAUUCAUUACGGUAGCAGCAAAUUGAAAAAUACUUGAUUGUCGAUUACAAGAACGAUUAUGUCGCAUAAUAAAAUCUAAAUCCAGUCUAUAGAAAAAACAAGGAACCAAAAUACGUUAAAUUUUGACUGUUUGAUGAAUAGAAGCUAUUGUGUUACAGUUUUGGGCUAUGCCUGUUGUCUUCUCCCAAUCAUAUUAUAUUUUAAUUAUGAUUUGUGAUUGUCAAUGUAAUAAAUAAUAAUAAAUUCAUUAUACAACUAUUUUAUUUAAAUCACAAUAUUAUGAAAGGAUCAGGUUAAUAACAGUAUAUGACAUUUCACUUUUGAAUAAUUUAUGACGACGCUGCAGUUAUUUUUAGACUACAGUGUCGUCAAAAAUAAUUCAAAAGUGAAAUAUUAACUAGCAGUUUGUCAUGGGAAGUGGAAUAGAUGAAUUAUAGUAAAUAACAAUUAAUAAACAGAACAAUUUUCAGAUUCGCAAUACAUAAGUUUAAUGUAAAUAAUUGGACAAGAUACAAGAUAAAUUUCCAUUCCUUUCAAAAGGCAACCAGGUAAAUAUUGAAAUUUAGAUAUUGCUUUACACAUUCAUCAGAAAUAAAGAAGUUACAAUGAAAGGUAAAAUUACCAUAAACCCAAAAUAAGUGUUGAUCAUAAUAAACAUAUAAAUUGAUCAACUCAAAAAUUAUUGUUAAAUCGAUAUCAAUAUGAACUUAGAUAAAUAUUGUAAAAACAAAAUAAAUUUUAUAACAGUAUAUGACAUUUCACGUUUUAAUUAUUUUCGUAGAAAAAUAACUGCAGUGUCGUCAAAAAUAAUUCAAGAGUGAAAUAGGCCUAUUAACUAGCAGUUCGUAAUUGAAAGUUAAAUAGAUGAGUAGUAUAAGACAAUAAUUAAGAAACAAAACAAGUUUCGGAUUCGCAAUACAUAAGUUUAAUGAUAAUAAUUGGACAAGAUACAAGAUAAAUUUCCAUCACUAUUACAAGGUAAUCAGGAAAAUAUAAAUAUUCAAAAGAUAAAUUUUCAUCACUUUUACAAGGCAACUGGGAGAAUAUUAUUAUUUGAAUAUUGCUUUACAAAUCCAUUAACAAUAGAGAAAUUACAAUGAAUGAUCCCAAAAUGAGUUUCGAUCAUAAACAUAUAAAUUGAUCAUCUCAAUAAUUAUUGUUAAAUCGAUAUUAAUUUGAAACUUACAAAAAUAUUUGUAAAAACAAAAUAAAUGUUAUCAAAAAAUUAAAAUAAAACAAAAUUAAUGCUGUAAGUAAUAAGCAUAUUAUUUUGAUAUAUAAUAUUUUUAUAUUAUGAUUAAUGAAAUAUAGUUAUAGUUAUUCAAUAGGAAACAACUAAUAUUAAUAUAGGAUACAACCAAUAUAUUCAUCAUACCAGAUUUUAAUGGAACAUUUCACUUGUUCCGACAACAAAUAGCCAUAUAACAUAGCAUGCCAGUUAGAGAAUAGCUAGCUAUCAAGUGUAUCAACUUUUUGGUUAGGGCUAAUCUUAUUUAUCAGGAAAUAGAAAAUAUAAGUACCGUACCCUCAUUAAACUAUAAUAAUUAUUACAUUUUAUUUUGUGAAUAAAAGGUUUUGAUAAAGGGUACUUAGAUUUUCUUUUUUCUUAUCAAGUGUUAAUUUGCAUGAGCAUAUCGACUUCUACUACAAAAAAAAGUAAAUUCGUAUGGCUUUUGUUGGUGGGGAGUCCCUUGCGGGAAGGCCCCACCGCCUGAAUAUAUCAUUUAAGCCGUCAAUAGGCCUUACGACAGUCAUACUUCAGCCGGGACCGACAGUUUAACGUGCCCAUCCGAUAACACGGAUAAAUCGACUUCUACUAUAAGAUAACCACACAGACACAGAACAUAAAUGACCAUGGAUUCUGGCAUAUGAAUGGGGCUCAACUCCUAACCUAAAUAAACAAAAUCACGGAGAUUUCACAACAUUCUUGAUUUGUUAAAUUACUUCAUCUCUUCAAAAAAUCUCAUGAUUAAAUUACGAAGUAGAGUAGCAUUUUCCUUAAUAAAAUCAAAGCUAAUAAUUGCGAAAAAGGUCGAAUCGAGCAUUGUGAUUAUUGAAACAUCAAAAGCUGUGUUCUUUAGUAAUUUUUUGCUGAAAUGUUAAAUUCAAUGAAAGGAAAUGCACAUUUAGAUGACAUAUUUAUUGAUUUUUAUUAAAAUAUGAUAUGGCGAAAAUAUUGUGUUUAUUAGUGAGAUGACUAAAAAGUCUCUGUAAUGAGUAAAGAUUGAGGUCAACUAACAUUCCCAGUAAAAAAUGUAGAUUAGUGAAAUGAACUAGGUAACACUAAAAAUUAUCUAUAAACAAAUCUAUACUAAGAUUCUGAAUGGUUCUCCUACAUUUAUCCUUCAAUCCGUUUGUCCAC